AUGAAUAACACUUCCAUACCAGCUUACUCCGGCGACGCUAAGCUAUGGUUUGCACAGCUUGAUUGUUAUUUCACAGCACAUGGUAUACAAGCCGCUCAACAAAAGCUACACGUGCUUAUUAGUGGCAUUCCUGCCAUAUUAGCAGACACCGUUAAAGAUAUCAUCACAGAUCUUCCACAAAACAUGGUCUACGAUUCUCUGAGAACAGAAAUACUACGCAGAAAUUCUAAAUCAGCAGAAAGCCGUUUCCAUGCAUUGUUACAGGGUGAGAACUUGGGUGACAGAACUCCUUCAGAAUUUCUUAGGCGGAUCAGAGAACUCAGUGACAAUACACCUGCAGACAGCUUCUUCAUAAAGAAAUUAGUUUUUUCCUGCUUACCAACUAAUGUACAGACAAUAUUGGCGAAUAUGGUUGACACCAACACUAUAGCUCAAAUCGCUUCGUCUGCAGAUAGGAUAAGGGAAUUUUCUCAAAGACCCAUCGCGGCUGAUUCGGUUAUUGUUUCAUCGUCUUCUCGACAACAGCCUGAUAAUGAAAAUGGAGACACCACGUUGAAGGCUAUCGAUGGUUCAACGCGCCAAAUAGCUCAAUUCUGUCGUGUUAGACGGCGUUCGCGAAGCCGUUCUUUCUUUUCUAAACGACGUAACACCUUUUCAACCCACAAUUCUUCGGUGUGCUGGUACCACGCACAUUUUCACGACAAGGCACGUCAUUGUAACACGCCUUGUGCCUUUAAAGUGUCGGAAAACUGA